CCGACACUCCCACUUCAUGACAUUCAUGACCAACACACAGACGCGAGCGCAUCUUCUAUCCAGACGCAUAUGAGAAGUAUUACUUAUCUCUUCAAGAUGGUGAAGCAGAUCAACAACAAGAACUCCGUUCUUCAGUCAGAGGUGUCACACAGAUGCAGUCUGCUUUGUCUCGGUCCUCUGGCCUUCCACCAUCAGGCUGUGGGAGAAAAGAUCCGCCUGAGUCAUGGCGGUCGACUCGCAGAGAAGACUGAGGCCACGUUCAAGAAUGGGCUGGUGUUCAGCAGCCGUCCAGUGAAGGUCCAGGAGAGGAUUCGUCUGAGAGUGCAGAGGGAUUCAUUCAUCUGGGACGGGGCUCUGCGUGUGGGCUUUACCACUGUGCCACCCUCAGCCAGAUCUCUACCUCUGCCCUGCAUGGCCAUUCCCAACCUCACUGACAAGCCUGGACACUGGGCUGUUCCACUGAAUGAGUCUGUUUGUGAAGCAGGUUCAGAGCUGGAGUUUUGGGUUUCUGAUGGUGGCAGCAUAUACGUAGCUGUCAACAACAGGCAGUGCAAGGAGCUAACGGGAGUGGACCUCAGCCAGCCUCUGUGGGCCAUGAUAGACAUCUACGGGCAGACGAGCUCCAUUUUGCUCCUGGGCUCAGAGAAACGUAAGCUGUUUUACACUAGGAGAUCAUGUCCUCCACCUGAAUCCCUCAGUUCACUUGCUGGUUCAGUUCCUGAUGUUUCAGACUUCACUGGUGAUGACUGCAUCUCCUGUCUUGACACAGAAAUCCCAGCCGAUACAACCUGUGUGGUGUGCAAGGUGAAAGAGGCCAGAAUCACACUGCCGUGUGGCCACCGGUGUUUAUGUAAGCACUGCAACUCCAGAGUCUGUCAAGAGUUUGGCACCUGCCCGCUGUGUCGACACAAGAUCAGAGCUCCAUCAGCAGAGGAGCUGGUCUGAGCUCUGAGACAGAAACCAGGAAUCACCAAAGAGAAGUUACAGAGUGACUGUAACAGUGAAAAUACCGCACUAAAUGCAAAAUAUGCUGCUAUUUAUAUAUUAUUUAUAAUGAUAACUUUGUCCGUAUAGUAUACUUUUCUACCUCGAUGCAAAUCUUAAAGCAGUGUUGUAUUUUUGUAUGUCUGAAAAUUGUAAUGUGUUGAUGGUAAAAAACAUAAACUCUAUUAUGUUUUAAGUGUAAAAAACCCCAAUAUUUUUUCAAUGAAACGAGUUUUGGAAAAGAAGCAUCUGUCUACACCUCAUGUCUCUACAGUCAGGAAUGAGCAGAAGUGAAAAUAAAUGUUGGUUUUCAGAUAAGA